AUGGAGUAUGCAGGGCUGAAGACCCUGGAGGUGCCUGCUGCCGACAUAUGGACGCCAGAUCUGGUCUUGUUCAACAAUGCGGACGGCAAUUAUGAAGUAACGUUGAUGACCAAGGCCACAUUGCAUCCUGACGGUUUAGUUGUCUGGGAGCCGCCGGCUAUUUAUAAAAGUUCUUGCACCAUAGAUGUGGAGUUCUUUCCCUUUGACAUCCAACUGUGUACCAUGAAGUUCGGCUCGUGGACUUACGACGGUAACCAGGUGGACUUAGUCCAUAUCUGCGCUGCCGAUGAAGAAGGUGAGACGGUAAUCAAGAGGGGCAUGGAUUUAAGAGAGUUAUACAGGAGUGUCGAGUGGGACAUCCUAGACGUUCCGGCCAAGAAAAACGAAAAACGGUAUUUAUGUUGCCCUGAACCGUACCCUGAUAUUACAUUCAACAUCACCAUGAGGCGAAAGACGCUUUUCUAUACAGUUAACCUUAUAAUUCCUUGUGUGUCAAUCUCAUUUCUAACGGUCUUGGUCUUUUACCUUCCGUCUGACAGUGGUGAGAAAAUUACUCUGUGUAUCUCCAUCUUGCUUUCAUUAACGGUGUUCUUCUUGCUGUUAGCAGAGAUUAUUCCUCCUACAUCCAUUGUGGUUCCGCUGAUUGGAAAAUACUUGUUAUUCACCAUGAUUCUUGUUACUUUGUCCAUCAUCGUUACAGUUGUAGUUCUGAAUGUACACUUCCGAUCGCCCUGGACCCACACCAUGAGCCCGUGGGUUCGGCGUGUCUUUCUUAGCAUUCUACCUAAGUUACUCAUCAUGCGGCGCCCAAACCUGGAGUUCGACAAAUCGUCGAGGACUUCCGUACGAACCUGUAAUGGUAUUGAAGUAAAAGACGGGAGUUCGUGCGUAGUCACCGGCGGCAGACGGGACAGCAUAGGUGGUGGAGGGAGUGUAGGCGUCAGCGCUGGCAGCAAACUUUAUCAGCGUAUCACCCGUCGUGUUGUCAACCUCGAUCAGCCGCCCCAGUCAUGCGCCUUCGGCCGUUUUCCACAUGAAGAUCCCAUUGUAUCCGAGAGUUCAUCCAACAUGAGGCAGCGAUUUCUCAAUGAAGACAUUCAACAAGCUAUUGAUGGUGUCACGAGGGAGCAGCAGACGGAACCGAGCACGACUACGCUGCUAUCGCUGCAAAGAGUUAGGCCAUGUAGCACAGGAUUGCUCGGGAAACGAGUCCGGGGACAAGGUGCUGUCGCAACCCUUGCCCCCUUUCGGUCAGUAAAUGCGGCAUUGCCUGUUGUCAACGUGUACGUUGAGGGUAAACGAUGUUCGGCGCUCUUUGACACUGGAUGUUCCCGAUCGAUCGUUAGUGCGAAUCGAUGCGUGACAUGGAACAGUCAACAAAUCGAGAUUCGGACGAUUGACGGGGUGUCCCGGGCCUGUUGUGGUGUCGGGACUGUGUCAGUCCUAACAGAUGGAGGGAGUCAUGCCAGUCGACGUCUUGGUGGCACGUCAAAGGCCCCUCGGGUACGACCUGCUACUUGGGAUUGA